GGGGCCAAGCACCACAUCACAAGGUGUUCGACAGUCUCUCGCCCCUCUCCACACUCGCAUAUAGGCGUCAGUACCUCUGGGACUCUCCUUUCGAAUAGCUGGUCAAAUAUAGUCAGCAGACCAAGCCAUCUAGGACCCGACGACAGCUCUUCCCAAAAGGUCAACAAAGCCUUUGACCGUAUGGACAGCAAUAUCGCUAUGUUGCAAGCUGAAAAUGAAGCUCUGCCGGCACAGUUGGAAGCUAUGAAGCCCAGGAAAAGGAAGAGGGUCAAUACGGACCCAAAUUUGGUAUCUGCAAACAUUGGAGCAAUCCGCACGGCGCAGAUAGAAGCCGGGGCAGUAGAGACUGAACAAGUUGAUACUUCUGAAGAUGGGGAAUCCAGCGAUACCGCUAGUUGUAUUGUAGUAGCAGCAAAAAGUAGGAAGAGCGGCAUUUGA